AUGGCCUACAGACUGAGUAUGCUCUCAAGCAAUGUCGCUUGUACUCAAAUACGGUGGCUCGGGUACUUGUACAGUAAUGCACUUGCUAGCAUACAAAAUAUUUGGAUUGACAAUAAGCUAAUUCGAUUACCGAGAAAUAAAAUCGGAAUUGACAAGAUUGUCGAGACUGUCACCGAGGGUGAACGUCAGUAUAAACUUGACAAGCGAUUAACUGGUGCUAGCAUUAUUGAUGGACCAUUGCAAGAUGUAAUUACUUACGCCUUUCGAGAUUACAUACAUCCAUGGUACGACAGUAUCUCUGGACAUCCGGAAUUUAUUUACGAGCUGCAGCAAGCGAUACAAAAGGUUUUAAUCAAUUUCGCUAUAAGGGCAAAAGAUGCUGAUUGGGUUAGGUUGAUUACUGCCACCUGCAUUGAUGAUUUCGCUUCACAUAUUCGACUUUUCAAUAAAGCAGUUCAAAAGAGAAAGAAAGAAAGAGAAGGAAAACAAGAGAAACCUGUUCAGAUUGAGCGUGCUCUAGCUGAAAUCGAAGUUAUAUUUUUCCGAUUUGAAAAAGUUAUGGAAAAACAAUCUAUUACCAGAGAGAAAAUUUGCACUUGCCCUGAAGUGGAACGAGCUUUUCUACAAGACUUAGUUGAGAUUCUUCUCUAUCAAUAUCUUUCUCCGGAUGACUUUGGGAACACGGUUUUGAGAUCCCUUGCAAGGGAAAUCAUUGUAUCUAGUGUAGUAAUACCUACAAUAAAUAUUUUAUGCGAUCCAGAUUUUAUAAACGGGAUGAUCAUUACCUGGAUGAAAGAAAAUUCUUUUAAUUUCGAUUCCUUUAUUACUGCUAUCAGAACUACAAGACGUAUGCCGGAUAUAACUGAAACAUUACAAAGUGUAGAAACUGAAAUUAUGCGAGUCCAAAGGCAGGAUACUGAAGACGCUAAACACCAAUUGAAUAAUUUGAAUAGCAUUAAACGUGAAUGUAAUGCUAUCUUGAAAUAUUUGCAAAGGCCUGAAGAAAAUGAUGACCUUGAUGAUUCGAAGCAAGUGUUACCUGACUUACCGCUACAUGCAAUUAUUAGUAAUAAUACAGCGUUGUUAUAUUUUAUGGAGUAUCUAGACAGUAUUGGUGGAAAAGCCAAGGCCUAUCUAAGCUUCUGGCUGAAUAUUGAAUGCUUCCGUACAUCUGCUGAACAGCAAAUCUCUGCAGUAUUACUUAACGAUACCAGAGAAGGAGACGAGGGUGGGGUUGAACCUGACCUAGAAACUUUAAGAGUUGCUGCCUUCAAUCUUUUUGAUGAAUACCUCUGCGAGCAGGCUGACCAGCAAGUCGCUUUGAAUCCCCAGACGGUAAAAAAAUUAUAUGAAAAUAUAAAGCUGUCUAUACCAUCAGUCGAUAUGUUCGACACAUGCCAGGAAGAGGCUUAUGGAUCUAUUUUAAGAACCGCAUCUUCACGUCCAUUAAACACUAAAUUAGAAUUUGCUAACAAUUGUAGGUGUUGUGUAGACUUGGGGAUGGUGAAAGAUGAAGCAAAGAACUCUUCUGUCGGUUCUGAUAUUGAAGAAGAGUCACAAAAUAUAGCGCCUGUAUCUCCGGUCUCUGAUAAUAAUCAUGACCCAUUAAGUGAAAACUCGCAAGUUUCAAAUACAAAUAGCACUGAUGGAGACCACAGCACUUCACAGCAAACGAAUGUCAGUCUCAAUGGUGUAUCAUUUACCGUGGCAGUUACUACUAUAGGUGUAACAAAAAAUGCAUCUACGGGUACUGGAAAAACCUAUGCCGUGUACGCAAUCAGUGUUACCAAGCACAGCCCAACCGGAGAUGAAAGUUGGGAGGUAUACCGCCGUUACAGUGAUUUUCACGAUUUGCAUAUGCAAUUAAAAGAAAAGUUAGGUGGUAAGUUGAGUAUUUCAUUACCUGGAAAGAGAACUUUUGGAAAUAAUCUUGAUAAGGCGUUCUUGGAAUCUCGACGUCGAAAAUUAGAUCUUUACUUAAAGGGUAUUGUUGAUCCAGAGUUUAUGAAUAUGCAUAAAAGCCUUAUCGUUAUCAUCGCUAGCUUUCUGGAGCCAGGUUCUUAUAACAAAGAAAAAAAUAAUAUACUAAGAAAGCCAUUUCAAACUAGUAAGGUAAAAGGUGAUACUGAUCCUGAACUCAACACUCAUGGCAGUACUAAAGUUGCAGCGCGCUUACUUUCGAAUGAGUCUAUCGAUGAUGAUAGCAUCCCUCUCCGUAUCCUUCUUUUAUUAAUGGACGAAGUAUUUGAUUUUCAAAAGAAGAAUCAAUGGCUGGAAAGGCAUAAAAUUAUGUUAAGCUUCUUAAAGCAAAUGAUUAAAGCGACGUAUGGAGAUAAAUUGAAUCGAAAAAUUAUUGAUCAAGUGCAGUAUCUUACAUCGUCCGAACAAAUCGCACAAUAUGUACGACAACUCAGAGAUAUAUUAUGGCCGAACGGUGUAUUAGCGGAACCUACGCCUGAAAGGAAAUCAGAACAAAAAUCACGAGCCCGGAUUGUUGCUUUAGCUAAAAUGUUGGGAAGUGUUCCAGAUGAUCUGAGAAGAAUCAUAGGGUCGGAAACUUGUACGGGAGGAAUUGUUAGGGUUUUCAAUAUGUUUCAACAAGCAAACCUGAAUAAGCGUUUAUUUUACACUAUGAUUGAAGCAAUUUCCGAAUCUGUCUUCCCAGAAACUUUUAGCGAUAUUUUUGCUAAGCUCUAUGCUCACCAUUGUAAAUGA